AUGUCCGUCCUCGCCGAGCGCCCCGAAGGCGACUACGGCACCAGCGACCCCGACGGCGAGACCCACCAUGGCAAAAACACCGUCCACCAGCGCCUGCGCGCCAACAGCUCCAUCAUGCAGCUGAAGAAGAUCCUCGUCGCCAACCGCGGCGAGAUCCCGAUCCGGAUCUUCCGGACGGCGCACGAGCUGUCGCUGCAGACGGUCGCGGUGUUCAGUUACGAGGAUCGGUUGUCGAUGCAUCGGCAGAAGGCGGAUGAGGCGUAUGUGAUUGGGAAGAGAGGGCAGUUUACGCCCGUGGGUGCGUAUUUGGCGGGCGAUGAGAUUAUUAGGAUUGCUAAGGAGCAUGACGUCCAGCUCAUCCACCCUGGCUACGGCUUCCUGAGCGAAAACUACGAAUUCGCCAAAGCGGUCGAGGACGCAGGUCUGAUCUGGGUCGGACCUAGCCCAAAGACGAUCAACGAUCUCGGCGACAAGGUGUCAGCGCGUGAGCUUGCUUUCAAGGCGAACAUCCCUACCGUGCCAGGCACACCAGGCCCCGUGGCUAGGUACGAGGCCGCCAAAGACUUUACGGACGAACAUGGCUUCCCAAUCAUCAUCAAGGCUGCGUUCGGCGGAGGCGGGCGAGGCAUGCGUGUGGUCUGGAAGCAGGAGGACCUCAAGGACUCCUUCGAGCGCGCGACGUCUGAGGCCAAAUCCGCUUUCGGCAACGAGACUGUCUUCAUCGAACGCUUCCUAUACCGACCAAAGCACAUUGAGGUGCAGCUGCUCGGUGACAGCCAUGGCAACGUGGUCCACCUGUUCGAGCGAGACUGCUCCGUGCAGCGCAGACAUCAGAAGGUGGUUGAGAUGGGACCUGCAAAAGACCUUAACCCUGAGACUCGCGACAACAUUCUGAAUGACGCCGUGAAGCUCGCGAAACAAGCCAACUACCGCAACGCAGGUACCGCAGAGUUCUUGGUUGACCAAGAGGGACGCUACUACUUCAUUGAGAUCAACCCGCGUAUUCAGGUCGAGCACACUGUUACGGAGGAGAUUACUGGCAUCGACAUUGUCGCCGCUCAGAUCCAGAUCGCGGCUGGCGCAUCAUUGCAGCAGCUUGGGUUGACGCAGGACCGGAUCUCUACGCGCGGAUUUGCGAUCCAGUGCCGUAUUACUACUGAAGACCCGGCACAGAAUUUCAGCCCUGAUAGCGGCAAAAUUGAGGUUUAUCGCUCAGCUGGCGGGAACGGCGUCCGUCUCGAUGGUGGGAACGGUUUUGCCGGCGCUAUCAUUACACCACAUUACGACAGUAUGUUGGUGAAGUGCACAUGCCACGGCUCAACCUACGAGAUCGUGCGCAGGAAGAUGCUGCGAGCACUCGUCGAGUUCCGAAUCCGAGGCGUCAAGACCAACAUCCCCUUCCUUACCUCCCUCCUCUCCAACCCUACGUUCAUCGAGGGCACCUGCUGGACGACCUUUAUCGACGACACGCCAUCUCUUUUCUCCCUCAUCGGCAGCCAAAACCGCGCACAGAAGCUGCUCAUGUACCUCGGCGACAUCGCAGUCAACGGCAGCCAGAUCAAAGGUCAAAUCGGCGAGUCAAAGUUCAAGGGCGACAUCGUCAAGCCAGUCUUGAAAGACGAGAAGGGCAACAACCUCAACGUCUCUGAGCCUUGCAAAACCGGCUGGCGCAACAUCCUCGUCGACCAAGGUCCAGAAGCUUUUGCCAAAGCCGUCCGCAAGAACAAGGGCUGCUUGCUCAUGGACACCACAUGGCGCGACGCCCAUCAAUCACUCCUCGCGACCCGCGUCCGAACCGUCGACAUCUGCGAGAUUGCACAAGAGACCAGCCAUGCCCUCAGCAACGCCUGGGCGCUCGAAUGCUGGGGCGGCGCAACUUUCGACGUCGCCAUGCGUUUCCUGUACGAAGACCCAUGGGAUCGGUUGAGGAAGAUGAGGAAGCUGGUGCCGAAUAUUCCAUUCCAGAUGCUGCUGCGUGGCGCCAAUGGUGUGGCGUACUCCUCGCUACCGGACAAUGCGAUCUUCCACUUCUGCGAGCAGGCGAAGAAGAACGGCAUGGAUAUUUUCAGGGUAUUCGAUGCCCUAAAUGACGUGGAGCAGCUCGAGGUGGGCAUGAAAGCGGUGUUGAAGGCUGGGGGUGUUGCUGAGGGGGCGUUGUGCUACUCCGGUGAUAUGCUGAACCCCAACAAGAAGUACAACUACGACUAUUACAUGGACCUCGUCGACAAGAUCGUGGGCAUGGGCGCGCACAUCCUCGGUAUCAAGGACAUGGCAGGCGUGCUGAAGCCCAAGGCUGCUACUAUGCUGGUCGGCGGCAUCCGCAAGAAGUACCCAGACCUUCCCAUCCACGUCCACACGCACGACUCUGCAGGCACUGGCGUUGCUUCUAUGGUUGCUUGCGCUCAAGCCGGCGCCGAUGCGGUCGAUGCGGCUACAGACAGCAUGUCCGGCACGACUUCACAACCCAGCAUCGGUGCCAUUCUGGCGUCACUCGAGGGCACUGAGCACGACCCGGGUCUCAAUUCCACGCACGUGCGCGCUCUCGACCAAUACUGGGCGCAAGUGAGGAUGAUGUACUCUCCGUUCGAAGCCUGGUUGACUGGUCCCGACCCAGAGGUGUACGAGCACGAGAUUCCUGGUGGUCAGCUCACCAACCUCAUCUUCCAAGCGGCUCAGCAAGGUCUUGGGAGUCAGUGGGCACAGACGAAGAAGGCGUACGAAGACGCGAACCGGAUCCUAGGCGAUAUCGUCAAGGUCACACCCACCUCUAAGGUCGUUGGUGACCUCGCGCAGUUCAUGGUGUCGAAUGGCCUCACCUACCAGGAGACUAUCGACAAGGCCGAAGAACUCGACUUCCCGUCCUCGGUCCUUGAAUUCUUCGAGGGCCUCAUGGGCCAGCCAUAUGGCGGCUUCCCAGAGCCUCUCCGCACACGCGCUCUCCGUGACCGACGCAAGAUGGACAAGCGACCAGGCCUCUACCUCGACCCCAUCAACUUCGACGAUGUGCGCAAGAAGCUGAAGGAGCAGUACGGCGGCUGCUCGGAGACGGACGUGGCCAGCUACGUCAUGUACUCGAAGGUCUUCGAAGACUACAGGGAAUUCUGCUCCAAGUACGGCGAUCUCUCCGUCCUGCCUACUCGCUACUUCCUGAACAAGCCAGAGGUUGGCGAGGAGUUCAGCGUCGAGCUCGAGAAGGGCAAGGUGCUGAUCCUGAAGCUUCUGGCUGUCGGCCCACUGAGCACGCAGACUGGUCAACGCGAGGUGUUCUUCGAGCUGAACGGUGAAAUGCGAUCAGUCGCUGUGGAUGAUCAACACGCAGCCAUUGAGACUGUAAGCAGGCCGAAGGCGGAUGCCAACGACAGCAACCAGGUUGGUGCGCCGAUGAGCGGUGUGGUGAUUGAGGUGCGGGUGAAGCAGGAUGCGGAGGUCAGCAAGGGCGAUCCUAUUGCUAUCUUGAGUGCUAUGAAGAUGGAAAUGGUCAUCAGCGCGCCUCAUUCAGGCAAGGUGGGCGACUUGGGCGUCAAGAGUGGUGACUCGGUCGAUAGCCAGGAUCUCAUUUGCAAGAUUGUCAAGUGA